AUGGCUGAGCAUGUUGAUGGCGCAUCUCCGAAAGAACAGAUCCUCGAAGCAUGUCGGAGAGACAAUGUCGAAUUGUUUCACGAAGUUCUCAAUGACAUGAAGGACAAAAGCAAGGAACAAAUAGCAGACUUCUUCAACUCCACCACAGACACCAUGGGAAAUCACCUUUUACACGUCUGUGCAAGUUAUGGAGCAUAUGAUGUUAUGGACGAACUACUCAACAUUGAGUUCCUCGAGUGCGAUCCCUUGAACAGAAGGGAAAAAGAGACCCCAAUUCAUUCCGCAGUCAAGUACGCGAACGAGCGAGAAGUGGAACUUGGACAAGCAAUGGCCAAAAUGUUGAUUGACGCCGGAGGUGAUCCUAGAGUCAAAGAUAAACAUGGCAGAAAACCUGCCGAAAUCUGCACACCUAGAACAGAAGAACUUCGCAGCAUACUCAUCAAGGAGGAAUAUAUUCUCAACGAAGGUCUCCAAAACGCCGAUGUACACCCAGAUGAGACAGACGAUGGAGAUGCUGGGCCGCCGUCAGAUUCGGAAUGA